AUGCAUCUAUCCUCGACCAUCUUCGGCCUCGUUGCCUUGGCAAAUGAGACAGUAUCAUUGACACUUUCUGUCGCCUCAUCCCCUGAAAAUGCGUCCAGUCCGCUUCUGUAUGGGCUGUUCUUCGAGGACAUCUAUCACUCCGGUGAUGGCGGCAUGUACGGAGAAUUGAUUCGCAAUCGUGCCUUUCAAGGGACACAAGACGGCAAUGGCCAGACCGGCAGUCCCAGUCUGACGCCCACAACACGAUAUUGGUCAGCCGUGGGAUCUGGCGUUUCGUUCAACAUCGACUCGUCUACGCCAAAGCUGUCCUCAGCUCUUGCAUCCCACAUGAAAGUGUCGGUCCCAAGAGGUGCCACGGGCCAAGUUGGGUUCUGCAACGACGGCUACUAUGGCUUCAGUGUGGACAGCACAAAACGAUACAUUGCCGACUUUUACUUUCGUGGCACAUACACUGGGAACAUGACCACAUAUUUCCAGAGCACUCUCAACGGCCAAAGAUUUUCUGCCGUCAAUACCUCCAUCUCUCAGACAUCCGCCCAAGGCUGGAAACAAUACUAUACCGACGUCUUCAACCCGAGCUCCAGCGCACCAAAUGCCAACAACACCCUGUGCUUUUCUUUCGAUGGCAGCAAGCUCGCAGGACAAAGCAUUUAUGUCAACCUUAUCAGCGCUUUCAAACAGACCUUCAACAACCGCGCGAAUGGAUUGCGUGAAGAUCUGGCAAUGGCGUUAAGUGAUAUGAACCAAGCAUACCUACGUCUUCCCGGUGGGAACAAUCUGGAGGGUAAUGCACCGCCAUACUUUCUCAACUGGACGCAGACUGUGGGACCUUUGGAGAAUCGUCCUGGGUUUCCAGGCACGUGGGGCUCUACACAGACGAACGGGCUUGGUCUGGUCGAGUUGAUGCAGUGGGCAGAAGACAUGAACCUGGAUGUCGUCUUGGGAGUCUGGGGUGGCCUUUACUUGAACGGCGCAACGAUUACCCAGGCUGAUCUUUCUCCCUACGUGCAGCUUGCCCUUGAUGAAAUGGAGUUUCUCACGGGCGAUACGUCGACAAAAUUUGGUGCCCUUCGAGCUCAACACGGACGUUCAGCUCCGUUCAAAGUUCCUUAUGUGGAAAUUGGCAACGAAGACUUCCUCAACAAUGGCUACAACAGCUACGUCAACUACCGGUUCAACGCUUUCUACCAAGCCCUCUCGCCCAGGUAUCCGAACGUGAAUUACAUCUCCACAGUUGAAUGGACACCGCCUAGCGGAGUGGCUGUCGAUCUCCACCCAUAUGGAAACGAGUCAUAUUUCAAAUCUCUGUUCAACGCUUUUGAUCACAAGCCACGUUCUAUUCCCUUGUUCGUGGCGGAGUAUGCUGUCACCAACUCAGGCAACAAUACCGGGCAAACCGGGGCUCAGACGUUCGGAAUGGCGCUGGCGGAAGCAAUAUUCCUGCUCGGCUGCGAACGCAAUUCCGAUGUUGUAAAGGGAACCAGCUAUGGUGCUUUGAUCAAGAGCUACGACGAAGCGCCUGAUACCGUUGCGGUCAUCAAGCAGACCGCAGACGAAGUUCUUCUUACUAUGAGCUACUACGUCCAAAAGCUCUUCAGCACCUACUACGGCAAGGACGGUGCCCUCUCAGUGGCUGCAUCUGGAGGCGGGUUCGACCCGUACUACUGGGCUGCAUCGAAGUCUGGCUCUCGCACGAUUCUCAAAGUUGUUAGCUAUGGUGGAUCGAAGAGCAGCGUUGCAGUUGUCGUGAAUGGCAGCAAGGCUACAGGCGCGACGCUGGUGCGCAUGUCGGCACCGUCGUCGACGAGGAUCAACAAUCUGAAAAGUCGAGGAGGCGAAUCGAGCAGUAUAACGACACUUCAACUCAACAGUGCUGGCGGUCAAGCCGGGACGUUUUCAUUGCCCUUUGCAGCUGGCUACGAGCUGGCCAUUCUGUUGGUUGACGGAUAA